AUGACAACACCGAACAAAACCCCACCAGGCGCUGACCCUAAUCAGUUAAAAAGAACUGGUACUGUUCGAGAAAUUGGCUCCCAAGCAGUUUGGUCUUUGUCUUCUUGUAAACCAGGGUUUGGAGUCGACCAGUUACGAGAUGACAAUUUGGAAACUUACUGGCAAUCCGAUGGAUCUCAACCUCAUUUAGUGAAUAUACAGUUUCGAAGAAAGACUACUGUGAAAGCUUUAUGCAUUUACGCUGAUUACAAGUCAGACGAAAGCUACACACCAAGUAAAAUCUCGGUCAGAGUGGGAAACAACUUCCACAACCUUCAAGAGAUUCGGGUAGGUUGA